AGCCGCUGCAACUGAACAAAGCGAAGAGAGAGAGAAGCAGCAAUUCAUCAAAAUGGGUAAGGUUCACGGAUCUCUUGCCCGUGCGGGGAAAGUGAGAGGGCAAACCCCCAAAGUGGCAAAGCAAGACAAGAAGAAGAAGCCACGUGGCCGCGCUCACAAGCGAAUGCAAUACAAUCGCCGAUUCGUCACAGCCGUGGUGGGAUUCGGAAAGAAGCGUGGACCAAACUCGUCUGAGAAGUGAGGAAGAUGCCUGGAUGAUGGUUUUUGUUAGUUUGCGAUAUGUAUUACUUGUUUUGAUUUGGUCGAUGAACCGAAGCUGCGAUAGUUUUGAUUAGGGUUUUCAAUGAACUAGUUGUUUUGCCAGUUAAUAUUAAACUAUAUGUUUCUUCCUUGCAAACAAUUGUGCAAGAGUCUCUUCUAAGCGCAAGAUUGUCAUGUUUUUUUAAUUAGAAAUAGGGUUUGCAAAUGAC